AUGGGUGCAAGCAACCUGGCCGUAUGCUUUGCACCCUCUCUUUUUCGAUUCGCCAGUUCAUCCAGCCCUCCGAGCACAAGUGCUGGUCUAAGUCCCCGACGUCUUAGACGUACCAAGAGUGGACCCGACCCGAAAGACUUGGCAGACCAAAGAACGGCUCAACACAGCUUGUCUGCCAUGAUCACCCAUGCUCCAACUCUUUUCGAAGUAAGCUUAUCAGGAGAUUUGGCCAUGAAUUGA